GGGGCGGAGGGACGGAGGGAAGAUGGCUGCCGAGGCCGGAUAUUGGCGCCGCCUCCCCCAAUCCUGGAGCCGGCGCAGAUGAGGCGGCUCGGCUGGGUCCGGCGACGCUUGGGAACCGGAGCAGGAGGGACACAGGCGGUGGGGCCUGGCCCUGCUAUAUGCCGGCGCCUCGGCUAGAGUGAGCGGCGGCGGCGGCGCCUCUUUCCUGCGGCUCUUUGCCUGUCGCUGUGAGUCCGAACGGGUGGCGGGCGGCAGAGGCAGCGGGGCCGGGAUGGAGGACGUUAACUCCGACGUGAACGCGGACCAGGAGGUGCGGAAGCUGCAGGAGCUGGUGAAGAUGCUGGAGAAGCAGAACGAGCAGCUGAGGAGCCGCUCCGGGGCCGUGCAGGGCGCCGGCUCCUUCGGGCCCGGCAGCCCGGUUCGGGCCGGAGCGUCCACUCCCUCCUCCGGCACGGCGUCUCCUCGGGGCUUCCCCUUGGGCCUCAGCGCCAAAUCGGGCAGCGGGGCCGGGUCGGGCCCGAGGCGGACGAGUAGCGAGGAGCUGCGGGACGCCACCUCCUUGCUGGCAGCGGGCGAGGGCGGCUUGCUGGACGAGGUGGAGCCGCUGCGGCCCGAGGAGCUGGAGCGCCUGUCAGGCUGGGAGGAGGAGGAGGAGAGCUGGCUAUAUUCAUCACCAAAGAAAAAACUUACACCAAUGCAGAAAUCGGUUAGUCCUUUAGUUUGGUGCAGGCAAGUUUUGGAUUACCCAAGUCCUGAUGUUGAAUGUGCUAAAAAGUCUCUUAUCCACAAACUUGAUCAAACUAUGUCAGCUCUCAAGAGGCAUAAUUUGUAUAAUAAUCCUUUCAACUCCGUCAGUUAUACAAGUCCUUACAGUCCAAAUGCCAGUAGCCCAUACAGUAGUGGUUUCAAUUCUCCGUCCUCAACCCCAGUGAGACCUCCUAUUGUCAAACAGCUAAUACUUCCUGGAAAUUCAGGUAAUUUGAAAGGUUCAUCAGACAGAAAUCCUCCACUCAGUCCUCAGUCCUCUAUAGACAGUGAAUUAAGUGCUUCAGAAUUAGAUGAAGAUUCAAUUGGAUCCAAUUAUAAGCUAAAUGAUGUAACUGAUGUGCAAAUUCUAGCUCGGAUGCAGGAAGAAAGUCUCCGGCAAGAAUAUGCGGCCACAGCGUCUCGGCGCAGUUCUGGUUCAUCUUGCAAUUCUACGAGACGGGGUACUUUUAGUGAUCAGGAGCUUGACGCGCAGAGUUUAGAUGACGAAGAUGACAAUGUGCAUCAUGCGGUAUACCCUGCUGUUAACAGGUUUUCACCAUCACCACGCAAUUCACCUCGACCUUCACCUAAGCAGUCACCCCGAAAUUCACCUCGUUCUCGAUCUCCUGCUCGGGGAAUAGAGUACAGUAGAGUGUCCCCACAGCCUAUGAUUAGCCGCUUACAGCAACCUCGCCUUUCACUUCAAGGCCAUCCAACAGAUUUACAGACAACCAAUGUUAAAAAUGAAGAAAAACUAAGACGCAGUCUUCCAAACCUGUCCCGAACAUCUAGUACACAAGUUGACUCAGUGAAAAGCAGCAGAAGUGACUCAAAUUUUCAAGUGCCAAAUGGAGGUAUACCUCGCAUGCAACCUCAGGCUUCAGCCACUUCGCAAAGGCUGAAAAAUUUGCCUCGUACUUCCCUCAAAGCCAAACAGUUGCUUCAAACUUCAUCUACAAAAAGAGUACCUUCUCCAGGUAAAUUCCGCUCCCCUGCAGCACCGUCUCCUUUGGCUCUCCGGCAACCAGUAAAAGCAUUUAGUAACCAUGGCUCUGGUUCUCCUGGUAGCCAAGAAACAACACAGCUCAUGCAAACCACUCCCUCACCUGGGCCUCCCAUGGUUCAGAACACAGCCCCAGCAAAUCCUCCUAGCAAUAUCAACAGCACUACUCUAACCAGACCUGCAGGGACAACUGUGAUGAGAAGUGGCUUGCCCAGACCCAGUGCCCCUUCUGCUGGGGGUAUACCAGUGCCUCGCAGCAAACUUGCACAGCCUGUUCGCAGAUCCUUGCCAGCUCCUAAAACCUAUGGCAGCAUGAAAGAUGACAGUUGGAAAGAUGGCUGUUACUGACCAGCAAAAACAAGAAUGCAGAGGUCCACAGCUUCAUGGAUACCCCUCCACCAGACUAAAAGACAACUUUUAUAUGCAGACUGUUCAGAUAAGACUCUUGGGAUUUAUAAAAUCCCAGCCCUCUCUGUCUUAAUUAGCACAAAUUGACAGAGAUGAUCAAACAGCACUUUAAUGACAUUUAACAUCAGAUGUGUUUGGUAAUCAUACAAUCACUCUCCAUGGAAUCACUUUUAGUUUUAUUUAAUAGCAACUAAAUUGAUUUUUUAAUGUUUGACAGAGGCCAAUAUCUGGGCAAAAAACCAAUGGAUGCCAAAGAGAAAUGCCCAUCUGUAAAUGAGAGCAUACCUUUGUGCACAAGGUGAAUUCUAGCUAUCCAAAACUUCACGUUCAACCUAAGUUACUGUAUACAUAGUAUCAAUAAAUAUUUGUGUUAAUGAGAA